AACAACAGCUACGAGCCAGAAAAAAACGUCGCUCAAGGGCUACGGAGCUCCAUUUGUUCUCCAUUUUACGAUUUUUUUCUUGCGUUUGCGCGAGCCACCGACUCCUUCUCGCCCUGCCGACGGAACAUCGAAUAGACGGUGAGUGGUGAGAAGACGUUUCGCUCCGUCGCCGCGUUGCCAGGGCACUAGCGGCACCAUAAGUCAUUUUUUCCCGAAGCAGAUAAGUGCAGACCCAACUGCGGCAAUACAUACCAUCCCCACAACAUCGCGUACUCUUGCAGCAUCGACAAGCUAAAACCUUCUCGUGAUCUCUAACACCGAAUCAAGAUGGCAACCGACGACGUCUUCGUGUUGCAUCUCGUGGAUUCCGCCGACUGGGUCGCCGACCACGAGCGUAAUUUGUGCUACGUCUGUACCAGACCGUUCGGCACCUUCCGUCGCAAGCACCACUGCCGAAUGUGCGGAGAGGUCGUUUGCAAGAACUGCACGCUAUACAAGGACGCCAACGUGGAUCCGACCAUCGGCACCACCCGCGUUCGCGUAUGUAUGUCGUGUGUGAUCAACAAUUCAAACCGUCGCUCUGGAGGAUCCCCCAAUAAUGCUACUUCACCGCACCUCAGUGUGACGUCGGAGGCGUCUCGCAUGUGGUUACAAAGUCACUUGCAUUCUCCUGCGUCCGGCCCAUCGUCCAAACCAGACAGCGAAGAGCUUCUCCGUUCACUUACACCAAAGCCACGCCAACACUUGGAGUUAAAGGAAGAUCACUUCAAUGCAGCAGGCGAGGCUAGCAAGAGGAAUCUUGAGGUUGAGCAGCACAAUAGUGAACACUCGUCUGAGUGGACCCACCCGUGGCCUCGACCACCCGUGAGCACAGACGAAGGAGACCGACUCCGAGCCUUGUACGCGCUCAAAGUACUUGAUUCGGAGUCAGAGAAACCGUUCGAUAUGAUCUGCGAUCUCGCAAAGGCGCGUUUGUCGUGCCCCAUGGCUGCAGUAAGCUUCCUGGACGAGCAUCGGCAAUGGUUCAAAGCAAGCGUGGGGCUAGCUCACAGGAUGAUCCCGCGUAAGAUCGCGUUCUGCGCCUAUACAGUGUAUAUUCGCGAGCCGAUGGUCGUUCUGGAUACACUUCAGGAUGAUCGGUUCCGCAAAAACCCGCUCGUCGCAGGUGCCGCUGGCGUUCGCUUUUACGCGGCUGCACCGAUCAUGGACCCGAAUUCCGGCCACGCUGUAGGCAGCGUCUUCGUUCUCGACACACGUCCACGAGAAGCGUGUGAUAUCUCCAUUUUGGAGCGACUAGCAAUGGCGGCGGGUGAAAACUUCCCAGAGGUUGCAACUCCGACUGUAGAGAGUAUCAACCAGCUAAAGACCGAGGAAGACAAUGGCGAUGAGGUUGAGAAACCUCAGGACUGUGCCGAAGUAGACGAAGUCGCCGGUGUGGUUGAUGAAGCGGCUCACAAUGGGCUGCAAAGCUUUGGCAACAAGGAGAUGGAUACGCCGAUAUCUCCAUCUACGUCAACUACAGCAUCGUCGAUGUCAUCGUUCGGAUCGAACUCAACGCAAGCGUCACUGUCUCCUUCCAAACUGGACAACAACGACGGGAUCCAGGAAGAAGACACGUCCACGGCAAUGACGCCACUGUCCAUGGGGACAACGUCAGCAGGCGAGCAAAUGGAGGUGCUUCUCAUGCGUCUACUAACACAAAACACCGAAACGCAGCAGCAAUUGGCGGUGCAGCAGAUUUCUCUGUCUACGAAGCUGGGACAGCACACCGAUCAAAUUAACAAGCUCAUGUCUGACUUCGCCCGAAUGGAGGCAAGAGUCGAGGCCAAGGUUGGAGGCGGCACAACGAAGUGAGCAAGGACAAAACCCAAGUGUGCAAACCUGCAAUGACGCAGCCUGGUUGCAGGUAUCACCAGUUUAUAGGAGCAACGCGUCUCGCAUUUUUCAGCCACUGCGGCGGGGUCGAGAGACCCAUUGCUGCCAGUGUUGUAACUAUCUAUUCAAUGAACUUACAGUUGGUUUACACUUCCAUA